GCUCAGUCUCCCAUUUCCGUCUUCCCAGUGCCUGCCUGCCAUUGCCGCUCUGCUUGCCGGGUCUUGCAGGGUGUAACUGGUACAUCUGACAUAGUUUCUCGAAAAAACUGAAGUUCGUUCCUGCAUAACGGUUAUUGUGUCAGCAGAUUUUUCCGAAUAUUCAUCAAGAUGUAUAACAACAGUUAUUCCAAUCAUACCAGUUUGUCAACAGCAUUUUCUGAAAACAGUUACAGACCUAGGGGGAACAGAGACUCUAACAGUCGUAAUGGGAGUGGAACAUUCUGGAAUAGUCAACAACACACACAGAAGGAUAAGACGCUUAAGAAGCAAGCUCAGAGGAGAACACCCGGAGAUUCGUUGAAGAAGCCUAGUUGGGAUUUAGCCAAAUUACCCGUGAUCGCUAAGAAUUUAUAUAUUCCACAUAUCAACGUCCUGAAACGUUCGAUCGAUGAGGUCACCAAAUAUCACAUUGGCAAAGAAAUCACAGUAAAAGGAAAUAACACCCCGUCUCCGAUUCAAGCAUUCGAAGAAAGUAACUUCCCGGAUUACGUAAUGAAAGAAAUUAGAAAACAAGGAUUUGCUGAACCAACUGCUAUUCAAGCACAGGGUUGGCCAAUUGCGCUUAGUGGACGUGAUUUAGUUGGAAUUGCUCAAACAGGAUCUGGAAAAACGUUAGCUUAUAUUUUACCAGCGACGGUACACAUCAAUAGUCAACCACAAUUGAGCCGAGGAGACGGUCCGAUUGUUUUAAUUCUUGCUCCAACGAGGGAGUUGGCUCAGCAAAUUCAAUCCGUUGCCAGGGACUUCGGAUCAUCCUCGUGUAUCCGUAACACUUGUAUCUUCGGUGGUUCUCCGAAAGGGCCUCAGGCUCGCGACUUAGAGCGUGGCGUUGAAAUAUGCAUCGCCACUCCCGGCAGACUGAUCGAUUUUCUCGAGAAGGGAACGACGAAUCUGCGCAGGUGCACGUACCUUGUACUCGAUGAGGCGGAUAGAAUGUUAGACAUGGGAUUCGAGCCGCAGAUUCGUAAAAUCAUCGAACAAAUAAGACCCGACAGGCAGGUGCUAAUGUGGUCCGCGACGUGGCCCAAGGAAGUGCAGGCUCUAGCUGAAGACUUUCUGACAGACUACAUUCAGAUUAACAUUGGUUCUCUGACAUUGGCUGCAAAUCACAACAUACGUCAGAUAAUCGAGAUUUGCCAGGAACACGAGAAGGAAUCGAAGCUUUCGGGUUUGCUACGAGAAAUCGGCAAAGACCGAGGAGGGAAAAUGAUCAUUUUCGUUGAAACGAAGAAGAAAGUAGACGACAUAACUAAAGCUAUUAAACGGGAGGGUUGGUCGGCCAUCUCUAUUCACGGCGAUAAGUCUCAACCUGAAAGGGAUUACGUUUUGUCCGAGUUUAGGAACGGAAAGACGAUGAUACUCGUCGCCACCGACGUGGCUGCUCGCGGUUUGGACGUGGAGGACGUGAAAUACGUGAUCAACUUCGAUUACCCUAACAGCUCUGAGGAUUACAUUCACAGAAUAGGAAGGACCGGACGUUGUCAAAGUGCUGGCACCGCGUAUGCGUACUUCACACCUAACAACGCAAGACAAGCGAAAGAAUUGAUCUCAGUUCUAGAGGAAGCUGGCCAAGUGAUAAACCCGCAAUUAGCAGAUCUGGCAAACUCGAUGAAGAAUUCCUACGGCAAGGGUCGCCAACGCUGGAGUCACUCUCGCUCUAACAAAGAUAACAAUCCUGGAAGCCCGCGAAACAACAGUAGCCCGACGAAUAAUUGGCAAAAUCAACAUUCUCAAAGUAUUCAACACAACGGCGUUAACGGGCAAGAAAGAACCGUUGCGCGCCAACAGAAUGGAUACCAGAACAGUCGUCAGAAUAGUUUUCAGCCUAACUACCAACAACAGCAGCAACAACAACAACAACAGCAACAACAACAGCAACACCAGAGACAGCCUAAUGCUUAUACCACCAGUUGUCAGACUAGUAGCAGCUACCAAACUGGUUAUCAGAAUGCAAAUAUACCUAGAUACCACGGGAGGACGGGAAGUUUUCAAGGGAACCGUUACCACAACCGUCAGAACACCUACAGUACCAACCAAACAGCUGGGGGACAGAACGUAUACUCUAUGCCACCUCCGUUCAUGAUGCCAUCCGGUGGUCAUACCGACUCUGGGAUGCAAAGCCUUGUUAAUAACAAAUUCUUCCAGACAAAUCGGCCACCGCCAAACACUGGAGCCUGCGCUUAUCAAUCGAUGGGAUACGGUCAGUUCCAAGCUGUGCCACCGUAUAGUUACCCUUAUCCGCCCACUCCAGUGCAGCAGUGACGCUUUUCAAAGAAUAAGUCGGUAAGAGUGCAGGCUAAAUAAGAGAUCGAAUUUUUUCUUUUUCUCCUGUCUAAUAUCGGACCCAUUUAAUAUUUACGGUUUGUGUAGAGGAUACAAUUGGGUCUCCCUUUGAAUAUAUACGUAACGUAAUGUUUCUUCUUUUCUUUGUCGUUUAUUAUUUUCUGGAAUGGUGCCGGUUCAACGGUUGGUAUAUGCAGAGCAAAAUCGUUUGAGUUUAUUCGUUCGUUGAACAAACACGAGUGACGGAGAUGCCGGAAAUGGUGUGUAGUAUCGUUUUGCAUCGGCCAAGUCAAGUACAAUAUUUCAUUAUUCGUUCUAUAGGAAAUGAAACAAAACCGAAAAAAAAAAUGAAAAAAAAAAAUGAAAUUGAUUGUUGCGCAUUAUUAAAUCUUCGAGGCACAUUCCAGUCGAGUUUUUUGAAGUAGUGGUAGUUGUUUAGCAAUGAUACAUUGAUAUAAUCGUUACUGGAUGUAGAGUAUGACCAGAAAUGUAGGCUUUUAAUAACCAUAAUUGGUCGUAUCCCUAAGGAAACACACGUACACACACAACCACACAUAAAGUGAAUACACAAAGCAAACUAAUUAAUCUUUUUGCGAUAACUAUGUAAACGUCAUUUAAUGCUUUUCGAAAUGCACGAAACGUAUAGAAGGGGGGUGGGUUAAACGUUUUCAUAUUUGAUAAUUUAUUUAUAUUUUGCAUAUAUAUAUAUAUAUACACACACAUACGUAUGUACAGGCAACGCUCUUCAAAAUGUAAGGCCUUUUGCAUAAAAAUUAAGCCGUACCACCCGUUUUUUAUAUAUAUAUAAAAAAAAAACAAAAGAAAAAAGAGCACACGACGUACGCCAUCGUGUCGACGUCUGUUUUAUAAACUGGACAGACGAAGGGUGAAAAAGGUAUAAUCUCAUCAAAAUUAGAGAACUUUGAUGGAGGAUAUCCAGCAUAAUAAUUAUAGCGUACAAAAGAAAUAAGAAAAAAAAAAAAGAAGUGAACAAAGCGAAGUACUUCGAGACUAUGCCGGACACGCCAAGCCGGAAUCGUUUCGAACGAUUCUCUUGAAACCACCCGGGUAAUGAUCCCCGGGGCAGAGAGACGAGUAGAAGGGGUGAAAAACUUGGGCUCUAGGGGACAACUUAAAAUUUAAGCAUGUAGUCACAAUGGCUGUGUACCUCGGCGCAAAGUUUGAUACCUUAUUUUUAUAAUAUAUAUCGAAAGUAAUUUGUUGUUAAACCAACGAAUGAUUAUACGAAGAGAGAAAGAGGAUAGAGCGAGAGAAAGAUAACAAAAAAAGAAGAAACGCGAGUUAAUAAGAGAAACAUUGUUUGAUGUUUAUGCAAUUGGCCACUGAGUGGUCUUGUCUUUGCGCGUCCAUGUCAAAAUGGGUGUAUAUUUUGGUGAAAACGCGCAUUGCUGGCCGCGAUCGAACGAAUUUCAGUUCUUGUAUGUACCUGCUUUUUAGUUUCGCGCUCAUUAAUGAAAAUUCUUGCUGAUUUUUGUUCUUUUUUACUAUAUAUUAUUUUUCCUUUUUUUUUUUUUUCUUCUCUUUAUUAGGAUAAACGAUCGUCGAGAUUUAUCCGUGUGACAUUUAUCGAAAUGAAAAACGUUCGAAUGCGCUGCCGUGAACGUUGUGUACGAAAAACAAAAAGAAAUAACGCGUGAGAGGAACACGAGCCAAAUAAUGUCAUUAUGGCGACGAUUAAUCCACGUGUUAUAUAUAUAUAUAUAUUAUUGCGGCCAUUCUAAAAGCGACUCUCGAGGGAACUUUUUCAAGCGAUAGAGAUUCGAACACGAAACAUAUAUUUAUAUUACAUAUGUAUUAUACCGUUUAACGACAGCGCAUAGCGAUUAUUUGCGGGCCUCCAGAUUUAACUCUGUACACGUCACUUACUCGAAAUGUAAAACGUAUCGGCAAAAAAAAAAGAAACGAAGACGCAAGAGAGAUAUAGAGAGAAAAAGUAAGAACCAACAGAGAUGAAUUUAGGUCUCGAAUAUUAUAUUUAUAUCGUGACUCGAGCAAGGGUUCUCCUUUUAGCGAACGCGACAUUAUUGUGAUAAUUAAUACGUAACGCUUUUCGUGAAACGGUCUCACAGUUCGUUACUUAAUUACGCACAGUAGAAAAUGUUGUGAAGCAGUACGUGUGCACACUAAUCCAUUCUCGGUCGGUUUCGAACCGCGUGUCACACGCGUUUACAAGCGGAUGUUGCUCGAUAAGAAAAAGAGAUAUAUAUUUGUCCAGAAACUUUGUCGAUUCGUUUCUAGGUUCACGUGUGUGUGUGUGUUGUCGUAAUUUUUGUAAUUUUCUUCUUUCGCCGAGCCCUGGAUUAAAUCGAACUUCAAAACGCGUGUGGAUCGCGAGAGGGAUAAAAAAAAUAAGAGAGCAAAUGUCGUCGGAUAUUCGCCGAUUGUCUUCGCCACUUUGAUAAAACAUGGUUUAAAACGCUCCUACUGUGUUGUAAAUCAGACCGCGCGUUGCCGUAGCGGAGUGAAUAGUUAUAUAAAAUAAUAGGAAGCGUAUGCUACCGAGUAUUGAACGAUUCUGAAUACUCAUAUAUUGCGUACGCCCUCUAUUCAAUCGUCUUAUUGUUUCAGAUCUGCAUUCCAGUUCCUUUGGGAUCUUCAUAGAAAUUUUCUCUCUGGUUAGCUUUUGUCUUUGGUACACAAAUUCUUCUGGUAUUCUUCUAAUAAUUGUUUAAAUAUUUCAUUGAAUUUCUCUUAUUCUACCGAACAGCUGACCUAUUGUUCUAGUAUCAUUUUCAUUAUCUUCGUUCAUUUUCCUUUGCAGAUAGAGGAUAUUUCACCGCUAUUGCUGAUUACUGAGGCUUUUCUGGACGCGCGAAACGUUCAGUGGUGUCGAUCGAUUGGAAAUUACGUUCCCACGUAUGGGUAACGGAAGUGACUAGUUUCUGAAGGCCUUGGAAUAAGAUAACCCUUUGGGCUCUCUGUUUCUUCGCAUCAAUGACGAUAAACGCAUAUCUGUCCUCAAGAGUGUGAAUCUCUCAAGGUGGUCGUAUAAUUUUUAGAAAUCUUUACACACACACGCAAAUCGUAUUCGGCUGGAAUUAACACAUAGAUGAAAUGGGGUGGCGAGACCCGAACGUGUUAGGGCAGCAAAGGGUUAACACAAACAGGUUCUUAUAUAGUUUUCUUCGUUUCGAAACGGAACCGCUUGAGUUGUCAGCAAAAAACGUGAUCCUUCGUAAAAAGUGCAAGUCGCCUAUUGCACGUUUUUCUCGAAUUGCCGUUGAUAGCGGGGUGUACGCGUAGCUCUGUGAUAUGUAAAACGUAGCAUAUUUAUAGAUCUACCAAUCGUGCAUCAUGAUUAAAAAAUAAGGGAAACGUAUCUUAUCAGUUUUAUAACACGUGGUAUUACGAAUCAUGUGAUCCUAAAUGACGUGUACUGCGGGAGGAGCUCGCUGUCUACUUUAAGGGGAGAGAAAACGAGAGUUGUUAAAGCGAAAGAUCAGUAUUUUCCGUUUAUUCGUUUUGUGUGUUUUUUUUUUCUUUUUCUUUUUUUUCGUUUUCUAUAUUCCGUUCGCCGCGCGAAUUCGUCUUGUUGUCGUCCUCGUCGUCAAGGGGUUUCAAUGAACAAAGAGAAAAGAGGAGGGAGAGGGAAUCGAGAGAUGAUACUUGUAUUUAUUUUCUGCUCUUGCGUUCUUUUCUUCUGUUCCCUCGGCGUGACCGUGUUGUUCUAUCAUCCGUAUUAUACUUUCUAUUUAACGUGACAAAUUUUUCAUUUAACCGAGCGAGUUAUAUAAAUCCGUGUAUCGCGAAUCCGUUCAUUUUGUACGUUUGUCUGUUUGUUAGGAUGGUGUAUAGUCUUCUAGUAGUUUGCGUGUUUGUUCGCUAACAAAGGAGUGUUUCAGUACUGCAAUGAUAUGUACGAAAUUGUUUUAUCUAAUUUUUUUUUUUUGUUUUUUUUUCUUGUACUUGUGUUAACGAACACUUGUAAAUCCUACGUUCAUUUACAAUGGUAUUUAGGUACAAUCUCGUGGAGAACUGUUAAACUUAGAUAUAUUUUUUCAUGUAACAAGACUCACUGUGGUGGUGCCACAAUCUCGUACUAACACAAUGAAAUUCAUAAGUAAUACCUAGGUUUUCGCACCUGGUUACUGUUACGUUUUUUUUUUUCCUUUGAUCGUUUAAUGAUCUUCUCUGAGGCAUAUUAAAUACUCGUACUAAAUAUAUACUGGACUAGUGCGCGUUAUGGUGUAGCCAGGUGGCUUUUAUGUUCUAGCGUUUAUAAUUUCAUUAUCUAAUGCCGUCUUGGUUCCUAGUAAAUUUUAAUGAUCGCUUAACGAUAUCCGUACCUGGUCAAUCUUCUAAUUCGUUCGUAAUAUUUUUAAUCGUUCGCAAACAUCUGCAUAUCUGAAUACCAAAAUUGCAUUUCUUUUCUACAAUUUCCAAAUAUCCGUAUUGUAAUAUAACAUUAAUUCAUAGCGAUUCGACAAAUUUCCAACAUCUUCUCAUUCCUUCUCAUUAAUGCUCGACGAAUUUAAUGAAUUUUUCGAGCCAGCCUAGUUUCUCCGUUAAAAUUCUACUCUUUAAUUGGUGUUUCUAUGAUGGCAAACAUCGAAUAGAGCAGGGAUAGUUUUUCAUGAUAUUCGUGACACGCCUUCAGCGUCUAUUUUAUCGAAUGAUCCAACCGAAUGCAAAUCAAUCUUCUUACGCUUGUAUCAAGCACUGUCCAUUGUACAUUUCUUCUUUUUGCGUCCUGUGUCCGUUGUUUUGCCUCCGAGGAAGCGUUAAAAAAAAAAAAAAAGAAAUGACGAGGGAAAAUAUAAUGCAAAUAAUUGGCACAGUUCUCCGCGCUUCAGCCGAGUCAAUGAUUCAAAGGAAAAUAAAAGAGAUAUCUUCCGGUGCGUGUCGAUCGUUCGCGUGCUGAGAUGAAAACUUAAAAAAAAAAAGAAAGAAAGAAAGAAAUCGUUGACUAAAUAAUAUUUAUAUAGCCUCCGGGAACCACGAGUACCUUUUUAAUCAUUAAUGCUGAACGCUGUGAUAUCGCGUACAUUAAACAAUUUUUAUUAUAUUAUAAACGUAAAGUGUGCAUAUUGUAAUGUUAACGAGAAAAAGAGCGAAAAAAACGAAACGAUAGAGAGAGAGAGAGAAAAAGAUAGAGUACAUAUUUCUCCUUUAUAUGUGAAGACUGAAGAAAAAAAAAAAUAAUAAAAUCUCGCCAACUUAUAUACACUGGUUUAUAGAGCAGCCGACAGAAUACGUUCGUAUACUGUAGACCUACAGAUAGACUAUUUGUACAUUAUUAAUUAUAAAACAAUAUGUUUUUUACGUGGGUAGUGCCGUCGCGGGUGAGACCACGGUACUAUUUAUGUUUCUAGUUCGAUAAACCAACGGGUGCGUGUUCGUAUUGUGCAUUUUUUAUUGAGAAAACGAGAGAAUGAGGAUGAGAGAAAGCUUAUUAAAUAUCUUGUUAAUCAACGAGCAGAGAAAUUUGCCUAGAUUCACGCGUUUCAUUUAUCUUAUACUUUUUCCGUUCCCGGGUUGGAAUUAAUCUCGCGGAUCCCGUUUUCCAUUGUUUUCUUUUGCGCAAUUUCUCGACAGAUUUUCCUUCGUUUCAUUUUUCGCUAUUUUUCGAUUCGUCCGUUUUCCCGGUCUUUCGUGCUAAAACUAGGGUAAAUUUAACAACAACCAGUUUCAUAUCAUAGUUCCUACGUUCGCGUUCUUCUCGAAACGGUGUGAAUGAAUUUUCAGCUGAUCAUUUUCAUACGUUGACUCGGUAGGUUUCUUCGUUCAUUCUCCUGGCUUUUAUAUUUCGAUGGAAAUUCCGUGUAUCUUUCUAUGGGAAUAUUCCUAGAGAUUCUUCAUCGUUUAUUCGGCAAAUUGUGAAACAAGGUUUUCUCUCAUGCCGCGUACAAUUUUAAGAGAAAAUUCGAUGUUUGGGACGGAGAAGCGAAUACGACAUAUUGAGAUUAAUCUUAGGAGUGAUUUAGUUUCAAACACUUUUUAAUUGUUCUUCUUGUUGACUCGUAAUAACGUUCCACUAUUUCAUUUCUUUCCUUCGGUCUGCGCGAUAGACACGUGGAAUAAACGUUUUCACUGUUUUAAAGGAAUCCAUUCGAAUCAGUUAGCGUUCCAUUGUUAAGAGAGAAAAAGAAAAUACUGACACGAUUAUUGUUAUCCGAUUUCGUUCCUUCGUGAAUUUUUAUCGAACGUAGACUCGUUAGUGUAUGCACGAAUGUCGAACACUGCACACUGUACGACAACAAAAUUUACUGUGCAAACUUUUCACGGAACUGUGCGAAUUCAACUGUAACGAUGCAGUUUUAACGCGAUUCAGAAUAAUUUCUUAUUUUUACGCGAUUAUAUACAUAUGCGUCUCUUGAAACCGAUAUGGGUACAUGCGUAAAGCCCUGGGCUAUUUAACGUAAGAAAAAAUGAUACGGCGGGUACCUUUUUAUUAAUCCAACUUAACGUGUGCUGAGACCUUCGAAUCCACAGAAAUAUUGUAAAAAAAAAGAGAGAGAGAGCGAGGGAGAGAUCGUUCAAUCGAUGAAACUCGACACGUAUCGAAUCGAUGAAACACACGAAAUAACGUUUCGAACAAUUGCGUACGAACGAUUUGUAAAAGUUUCUUCUUUAGAUCUGCGUACACCUGUUUCAUUUUUUUCUAUAUUAUAUGAUUUACGUUCAGUCAUUAUAAAAGCAGUUCUUUUUUUUUGUUCCUCUUCUGUACAACUUUAACCCUUUCGCUGAAGACUUCCAAUUACAAACGAUUAAUAUUGUAAUUAAUACUCUGACGUCCGCGCGUUUCAUGGAAUCUAAGGUUCUUCAAAACUUUCACGUUCCUUUUUAUAUCUAAAGCAAGAUUGUUCAUAGAAUUAAUACGUAAGAGUUCUUCAUAAUCAACGCAGCAAAAUUACCGAUCGACGAAUUGUAAUUAACGCGUGAUUAAGAUAGAUAGAAAUAAGAUGAAGAACAAUGAAAUAUAAGACGAAUGUUAUGCAUCAAAGUUGUAACCCAGCGGACGUCAAAUUAAUAAUUAAUUAUUCGAUUGUCGAACGAUAAGCAAUGAUUCUAAUAAUAUCUCAAAGAGUUCUUAUCGAUUAGCUGUUAACAUUAAUAAUCUUACUCUCGCUAACGCACGUACUUUUAAACAACCCCCGUGCAAUAAUCCUGAAUUGUGCCUUAAGAUGGCACUUGAAAAAAGAAAAGAGAAAUAUUUAAGAACGCGUACGUUUUUCAUUGCUGAGAGAAAUUUCCUUUUAUUAGAAUCUCUAGAGUCGAACGAAAGGGUUGAAGAAACAAUGCUAUACCGAAUAUUAUUAUAUGUAUAAAAUAGGAGACAGAAAUGUUCCACGGGUUUUUUCCUUUCCGCGAUUUUUCUCAGAGAAACAAUGUGCAGAACACACGAAUCCGUCGUAUUUCGUCCUUCUGAGAGAGCGCAAUUAAUAUUUAUAUCCGAGAGUAACUUCGAACGUAUUUUUCGAGUCAUCGAGGUUGUAUUCUAGCGACAAUUCGAUCUGUAAACAGGUGAAUAGCUACACGCUUAUUAUCCUGUAACGAUUACUUAUCGACGUCGUUUCUCGUAUGCUCUCGACGGCAUAGAAAGAAAAACGAGGAUGUUUGAAACGUUCAAGCAUCGAGGCGAAGUAACAAUCGUGUAGAACGGGGGAGAUUGUCUCCCGAGAAAAGGGUGCUUUUCUUAAAGGAAGAUCAAACACAGCGGCGGUAAAAAUGAAGGAGGAAAGAUGGUUCCAUCAACGUUAGGGUAGAAAACUAAUAAUCGACCAGUGAUUACACUUAGUGUAUCUGGAGUAAGAAAUAAUGAUUUCUGUAAACGCUAAUUGCUUCACCCCGAAGAAGAUAAUCAGGUGAUCGAGAAGACCAAGUUUCCAAGUGGUUAUUCCCAUCGCUCUGGAUAAAUAAAGUACCAAGGUACCAUAGUCUCUGACUGGAAUGACUGAACGUGCCAAGGAAUACCUUUCUGUUUGGAGCAACAUUGUUCUCAUUUCCGGUUGGGAGUGUCUUCCAAAUAUCAUUGAAAGGUGAUUUGUUGAGGAUCAAAGGUACGAUUUGAAAAUGCCAUGUUGAUAGGAUAUUUUCUUUUCACCGUCUCUUCGACUAUGCAUUCCUUAACGAGACCAUCUUUUUCAGAGACUCAGAUCCCGUAGGAAUUACAUUGAUCGUCACGGGGGAAACGGAGUUUACAGCACGGUAGACUUCCUGUUGUUGUAAUAGUUCAGAUUUGUUGAUGGCGUUUGCUCGGAGAACGCUCGUUAGGAAGCGAACACACGAGAAUGAUCGCAGAUGGUUAGAAAACGCUAUAAAAGAUGUAUCGAUAGUAAGAAAAAAUUGCAGGAGACUCGAGGAUGUCUUGCAAAUGAAUUUAGAAAAUCGACAGAUCGAACCGCCGCUAAGUGUCGAAGGGGGGGAAAAAAUAUGGUGUACAAUUAUACAAAGGACACAAAUAGGUAUUCUAUUGUUAAAUACGGCUUCAUUGAUUCAUCACGCCUUACAAUAUGAAAGAGCUCGGCCAGUUUCUCAAGAAGCAACGCAAGAUUGCGAAACAACGCUCUUAGACUCUUGAUAAAACCAACCGCUCCUUGGUCGUCGUUGAAAUGAAAAUUUUUCACCAGCGUUUGCAAAAUCGUCUGAACUGCAGCACAUAUACGGCGUUACGCGAUUCUUGUUGAAUAAACGGAAAAAAUGUAUGCGAAGAGAUACGCUUCAGAGAUGCAUGUACGUUCGCGUCGAUGUGCCGUUUAGAAUACAGUUAUAUCGAUUCAUUGCAUGUAUGUAUACAGUUAAACGUGUCUGUAGAAGGUAAAAGAAGAAUAUUCCGUUGGGAACGGUGCUAUUCGCGCGAAUAGAAGCUUUUUUAAUUGCAGUCGUUAAAAUCAGAAAAUUAUUAUGAAGACCAAUCAAAAGUGUAUCGUUAGUUCUGAAAUAAUAAUUAGUAUCCUCUGUGUAAUCUGAAUUUUAAACGAUACAAAUCACACAGGAUAUUUAUUGCUAAAUAAAAAUAUGGUUCAUCGCAUUAACUCUUGAACAGUGGAACCAGGGUCAAUCAUGAUCCAAACCUGUAAAACAUGUACAAGGAUAUUAACUUAAAGUUACAAUAUAUUAUUCUUAAUAUGGAAGAACAAUUUUGAAGGAACAUUUUGUAAAAUUUAGAGAAUGAACGUAACGUGAAUUGAAUUAAAAUUGGGCCUCUCUCCAUGGUCCGCCAUUCGAGAGUUAACAGAGAAACACUUUUGCCUAAUGUUUCAUGGUUUUAGUGUUUGAUUAAAAUAAAAGCACCGUUUCCACGAUAAACUUGGCAGUGAGUAUGUUAAGGAUAAAAAGUAAUCUAGUCGAAAUUGUUCUACUGUUGAUUGUCACCCUUGAUGGGUCGUAUACUGAAAGGAAUAUCUGUUUUAUAGAGUACAACCAAUAUUCGAUACCUUUCAAGCAUUAUCGUUGUAUGUAAUGCUUCAAUGAAGAAAAUGUUUUCAAUUAAUCGAGGCACUUUAAGGAUUUUGACGCGGAAUUGAGAAAGAUCUCUGAUAUUUUGCAUUGAACAAUGUUCGAACUGAACACGACCAUGUUAUUUACAAGUACGGAAGAGCAGUAUUAGCAUGUGUAACCGGAAAGACGAUUGAGUGAAUAAUACACGUCGUCGUCCUUCAAUUUUCCCGUUGUUUCGGAUAAAUUUUCAUUAACGCGAAUACGAAAUUAAAUCGUGUCGAGCCGUUUUACUGCAGUAUACCGUUAGUUUUUUACGACCAAUGAGAGGAUAACGCGAAAAAAAAAGAAAUGGCUUGUUUUGUCUUCUUUGACCAUGACAUGAUUUUUCAAAAAUCGAAUUGUAAAUCGAUGGUAUGCACUAUGCGAAUACUUUAAAGCAAUCUUUGCUAAUGAUAUAUAGGAGAAACAAAGUGACAAGCGUUUAAUUAAAAGUACCUUAGAAUUAAUUAAUUUACGACUCGCUCCUGUUUGAUCACGUUUUACGGUUUCUUUUAACGAUGUAGAGGAAAGAAAUACGAGCAUACACAAAUUAUUUAUAUAAGGCAGCGUACAAGACGAACGAUUUAAAAGUGGAAAAAAAAAGUGGCGUAAACGAUGUUAAUAUUUCUGUAUUUCAGAUUCUCUUCUGUAGGUUUCAUUAAAGUGCAUUUCUUGUAUGUUACACAGUAUUAUGGUAGAAUAUAAGAGAAUAAAUACUGCAAUAGCA